ACUCAUUUACAACAUCACCAGGUGAACUGCGGGUCCUAUAUUGUCUUUUCUCUGUAAAAAAAAAUUGACUGCUGAAGGAUCCUUUGCUGGAUUUUAAAACACUGUUAGGAAUUUGUCUUGAAUGAAUUUCUUCUGAAAAUAUGGACAAAAAGGAUAAAGACAAAAACAGCUUUCCAUCUCAUGGAAAAAAAGGGUUUGGGAUGAAAGUGAAGAAGAAAAGGAGAGGUAACAAGGGUGUUGUGAUCUCAAACAAAGGUGCUUUAGAGCCCGAAAUUAAAAUCAAACCAGACGACGCUAAAGUGUUAGAAGCGCAACAACCUGAAGAUGUUACAGCAACCAUUUCAGAAGAGUUUAGCUUUCGACCAAAGCCUAAUACUAAAAGGUCUAAAACUGUGGCCAAGAUUUUGGAGGGUGAUAUCAAACAACAACAUUUUCAGAUCUCCAUCAAUAUAACAGAAGCUAGGCAGCUGGUUGGGGAUAAUAUAGACCCUAGCGUUGUGAUUGAAAUUGGAGAUGAGAAAAAACAGUCCUCUGUCAAAGAAGGAACGAAUUCCCCUUUUUACAAUGAGUUUUUUGUGUUUGACUUCUUUUGCUACCAAAGCAUCUUUUUUGACAAAGUCAUCAAACUAUCUGUGAUGCACUCAAAGAUCAUGAAGGGCUACUGUGUGGGAACUUUCAAGAUUGACGUUGGAAUGGUUUACGCCCAACCUGGCCAUCAGUUUAUCAACAAGUGGGCGUCGCUAAUAGACCCGGCUGACAUCCACACAGGGGUGAAAGGUUACCUGAAGUGUGACAUUAGCAUUGCAGGAAAAGGAGAUGUUGUUCCACCUUCCCAGAAGUUCAGUGAUACUGAAGAAGACAUACAAAAGAACCUCCUGCUUCCUGAAGGCUUAAACCCUGAGCGCCCAUGGGCUAGAUUUUCUGUGAUAGUGUACAGAGCAGAAGGUCUUCCCAGACAAAACUCCAGUAUUAUGGCUAAUGUGACCAAAGCUUUUGUUGGAGAUAACACAGCCCUCAUAGACCCAUACGUUGAGGUGUCCUUCUUCGGUCAAGUUGGCAGGACGUCUACUCAAAAGAGUUCAGCAGAUCCAGUGUGGAACGAGCAGGUGGUUUUUACAGAGAAGUUUCCUCCAUUGUGCCAAAGACUGAAGAUUCGGGUCCUGGAUGAAGGAAGCAUGAAUGAUGUGGCCAUCGGGACUCAUUACAUUGAUCUACACACCAUCUCAAAUGAUGAAGAUGGAGACAAUGGUUUCCUACCUACAUUUGGACCAGCAUGGAUCAACAUCUAUGGCUCACUGCGCAGUUCCACACUAGCAGAUGACACCCAGUUAAACGAGGGUAUUGGCGAGGGUGUGUCAUACCGAGGCAGGAUUUACAUAGAGGUGAUGGUGGAGAUCUUAUCUGGAGCAGGUGGUCCAGAUAAAUCCCUGUUGUCCAGGAUGAAGGGAAGCAAAGCAAAGACUAAAGAUCCCAAAACCACAGCAGGACCAGGCGGUGAGGAGGAUAAGAGCAAGGUCAGAGGACCGGAGGUGAUACCAGUGGAGCCAUUAGAGAAGGCGGGUGAUGUAGACAUGGAAAAUUUCCUGCUCUUUGGCUCUGUGUUUGAGGCUUCCAUGAUUGACAGACGUCUUGGAGAUAAACCUUUCAGCUUUGAGUUCACUAUAGGCAACUUUGGAAACCUAAUAGAUGGUAUUUUACCUCCUCCAAAGAAAAAGGGAGCGGUCAGCGGUGAAGAUGUGACAGUGACAACCCCUCUACUAGACACUACAGCUGCAGUACCAUGCAAAUCUACUACGAUCCCUGAGAAGCCUCAGAUUGGAGAGGCACAAAAAAACUACAUGCACCUGCCAAUCUCAAAACAAAAGCCUUGUGUGUAUAUUUAUUCUAACUGGGAGGAUCGUGCUUACCGUCUUCAUCACUCCAACAUGCUGGAUGCUAUUGCACUGAUGUUUGAUGAGGGAGUUGACAAAGUAAAGGAACUUGAUAAAAUGUUGGAUCCCAAAGCGGAGGCUCUCAUGAAACAUGUUCUUCGAGAGUUCUGCAAAGACGCCAGGGAGUUUAUCGCCUUUGCUGAAAAAAAGGUGAAGGGUACCAACUUGACCUUACUGGACAAAAAAAGACUCAAACUGUGCAAAGAUGAACUGGAGCAAAUGAUUGAAGUAUCAGUAGGAAUACUUGAGCCUAAGAGAAGAUCUUUGACUGUUAAACAGAUGCUGCAGGAAGUCCUGAAAAUCAAAAAGAAAUUGAGAUUCCUAGUGGAAGAGCCUCAACACACUAUACCGGAUGUGUUUGUGAGUAUGGUCAGUAAUAACAAGCGUUUGGGAUACGCCCGAAUCCCUGCUCGUCACCUGAUCUUCUCGGAAAGUCCAGAACAAAAAGGCAAAGACUGUGGGAAGAUCAAGACACUGUUUUUCAAGCCUCCGGGAAAGCGUGUACCAGGGUGGACAGUCCAGGCUAAACUGGAUGUGUACCUUUGGCUAGGAACUGCUCAAGAGUCGUACAGCAUGCUGGAAAAUCUCCCAUCAGGCUAUGAGCUGCAAGGGGUUUCAUCAGAAGAUAAAAGUGCUUCUCCACCUGAGAAUCUACUGUAUACAGAGCAGCACAAGUUUCAGAUGAGGGCUCAUAUGUACCAGGCCCGUGGUCUGAUCGCUGCAGACAACACAGGCCUCUCGGACCCCUUUGCCAGGGUGACUUUUCUGUCCAACACCCAAACCACUAAUAUCAUAAACCAAACUUUGACACCUACUUGGAACCAGAUGCUCAUGAUAAAAAACGUGUCUCUGUAUGGAGGUCUUCGUGAUAUAGUCGAAGAACCCCCGUUGGUUGUGAUUGAAGUGUAUGAUGAUGAUGCAGUGGGUAUAGAGUACUUGGGCUCUACAGUAGCUGUUCCAGUAGUGAAAACAUGUGAAGAGGAAUAUUCGCCCCCUCAACUGCAGUACAGCCCAGUGUAUUGUGGGAGUCUGUCAGGAGGAGACAUACUGGGAGCAUUUGAACUCAUUCAGAUCUCACAUUCAGGAGAACACAAACCCCCUGCACAUGAUGAGCCAGAUGGAGGGAUAUACCCAGUGCCCUCAUACAUUCGACCUGUGCUCUGCAAGUACAGAAUUGAGGUUUUGUUCUGGGGCCUCCGAGAACUCAAGAAGGUUCAGCUCUUAUCUGUUGAUAGGCCUCAAGUUUUUAUGAAGUGUGCAGGAGCAGGCGUCAACUCUUCUGUGAUACAGAGUUACAAGAAAAACUCGAAUUUCACAGUGCUUGUGGAUUCCUUUGAUGUGGAACUGCCUGAAGAUGAACACCUGCUCCCCCCUCUCACAAUCACUGUGGUGGACUGGAGGGCCUUUGGGCGAAGCACGCUAGUAGGCACUCAUGUGAUUAACAACCUGGCCCUAUUCAAACACAUCCCCUUACCAACCCCGCCACCACCACAACAGGAGCCCCAAAAUAUAGCUGUGGCUUCACUAUCUAUCCAGCAGAGUGUUGUGCCAAAGCCAGAAGAAGAGAUUGCCAUUGACAUAGAGGAAGAGGAGACCCCCGCUCCUUUCCCCAAACCUGAGCCAGAAUGGGAUGGCACAGAGAAGAUGUCAAAGAAGUCCAAACGAAGGUCUUCUAAAAGGAAAAAACGCACAGCAGCUGAUGAAUCUGCAGAUAAUGUUAUCGAUUGGUGGUCUAAGUAUUAUGCAUCAAUGGAAAAGGUCCAACUGGCUAAGCAGACAGAAAACAGUCCAUUUCCUCUGCUCUUCGAACAAGUGGUUCCACUGGAAAACAUUGUCUCAGAAGGAGUGACCACUCUGGCUGCAGGUUUUAAGGACAGAAAAAAAGAGAUAAACUACAAAAAGAUUGCAGAACAGCCCAACCUUGCAACAUUACAGAUAUAUGACAAAGAACUGGAAGCUGAAUUUGGACCCUUUGACGACUGGGUUAAAACCUUUCCGCUCUCUCGAGGAAAGGCCAAUGAUGAGGACAGCUCUGCUCAUGAGAGAUUUGUUGGAAAGUUCAAGGGCAAAUUCUGUCUCUACAAGGUACCAGAAAAAGAGGAUGAGAGGGAGGAUGCGUUUAAGAUUAAUCAGGGUAUUUCUUCCAACACUGCAGUGGAGGUCCUAAUCCGAGUGUACAUAGUUGCAGCCUUUAACUUGCACCCAGCGGACCCAGAUGGUAAAGCAGACCCUUACAUAGUACUUAAACUGGGAAAACAUGAGAUCAAAAAAAGAGACGACUACAUCCCAAAGCAGCUUAACCCAGUUUUUGGAAAGUCGUUUGAAAUUCAAGCUACUUUCCCCAAGGAAUCCCUGCUAACGGUUGUCAUCUAUGACUAUGAUACCGUCGGCGGGGAUGAUUUGAUUGGAGAAACGGAGAUCGAUUUGGAGAACCGCUUUUACAGCAAGCACCGUGCGACCUGUGGUCUGCCAACCGAAUAUGCCACUGAGGGUUACAAUGCAUGGAGGGACUCGUGCAAACCUACGGAGUUGUUGAUUAAGUUGUGCAAGGACAACGGACUGGACAGUCCUCGUUUCACUCCCGGACGAAUUUCAAUCGGGAACAAAGUCUUCACGGGUAAAACUCUGUUUGUCGAUGAAGAUCAGAUGGUGGAGUCAUACGAACAUCUGGCUUUAAAAGUGCUACACAGGUGGACAGAGAUGCCAGGCAUGGGAUGCAAGCUUGUCCCAGAGCACAUCGAAACCCGCACUCUGUACCUUAAGAACAAACCAGGAUUGGACCAGGGCCAGCUGCAGAUGUGGGUAGACAUAUUUCCUAUGGAUAUGCCUCAUCCCGGUCCUCCUGUAGACAUCUCCCCUCGCAAACCCAAAGGCUAUGAACUGAGAAUUAUUAUCUGGAACACUGAAGAUGUCAUACUGGAGGACACCAACUUCAUAACAGGACAGCAGUCCAGUGACAUUUACGUUAAAGGUUGGUUAAAGGGGCUUGAAGAUGACAUUCAGGAGACAGAUGUUCAUUAUAAUUCUUUGACUGGAGAGGGUAACUUCAACUGGCGCUUCGUGUUUCCAUUUAACUACAUGCCGGCUGAGAAAGUGGUGGUCAUACAAAAGCGAGAUAACAUUUUCUCUCUGGACAAAACCGAGCUGAAGAUGCCUGCUGUCCUCAUAAUGCAGGUGUGGGACUUUGAGAGACUUUCUUCCGAUGACUUCCUGGGCUCAGUGGAGUUGGACCUGCAUAGGUUUCCACAUGGUGCUAAAUCUGCUAAAGCUUGUAAGAUGGAGAUGCUGACAGAAAGCAUGGAAAACAUCUCUAUCUUCCAGCAGAAACGCUCCAAAGGCUGGUGGCCCUUCACAAAAGCUGGAGAAAUUACAGGAAAGGUGGAGGCAGAGUUCCACCUGGUAACAGCUGAAGAGGCCGAAAAAAGUCCAGUUGGCCGUGCACGCAAGGAGCCAGAACCUCUGGAGAAACCAAAUCGGCCAGACACAUCCUUCUCCUGGUUUAUGAAUCCAUUCAAGUGCUUCUUUCACUUAAUCUGGGGGAACUACAAGAAGUACAUCAUUAUAGGCCUGCUUCUGUUGAUCCUGAUCGUCUUCCUGGUUCUUCUCUUUUAUACCCUGCCAGGAGCACUUAGUGCUAAGAUAGUCAAUGGAUGAUCACAUCUGACCCCAAAAUACUGACUGGAUCCACCAGAGAAGGACAUUAUUAACUAUAUAAUAUUAACCAAUUCAUUUUUGUUGUUAUUGCUUUAGUGCAAUGGAAGCUUGUGGGUAGGAUGCAAUGAAAGCACU